AUGUACUACGUGCUAUACGCUUCUCUUAUCAUAACUCAGCUGGUUCAGUCAUCACAGGAUGUUUCAACUCAAAAUAUUCAAUUAGGCUCACGAUUCGAUCUGGAUAAACAUGUUUUAUCAAAUCAAUUCACAUAUAAUAAGCUUCAGCCGGAACCGAGGUUUCGGACACAGAUGAGAGUAUUGUACGAUCAUCUGUUCGAUGGAUAUCAGAAAGAGCUUCGACCUGUUCUCAAUGAUUCAUCAACUCUGAAUGUGCAGAUGAAGUUUUGGUUAAAACAAAUUUUAAAAGUAGAUGAACGUGAUCAAAUUGUUAAUGUAUACUGCUGGCUUGAACUCUAUUGGCAAGAUGAGACAUUAACAUGGGAUCCGAGCAAAUUCGGAAAUUUAACAAGAAUUCAUGUGCCGGCACAUAAAAUUUGGAAGCCAGAUGUUCUUGUUUAUAACAAUGCUAAUAUGAAUGUGGAGGAAAAUGAGAUGGAAACGAAUGCAAUAGUCAAUAAUACGGGUCACGUCAUGUUGUUUCGAUCAUUGAUAACUGAUGUCAGUUGUAAUUUGAAUUUAGAACAAUUCCCUUUCGAUCAGCAGGUCUGUUAUCUCACAUUUGCAUCAUGGUCUAUGGAUGGAAGCAAACUGAACUUAGCUGCCACUGAAAAUACAGAUAACUUGGAGUUGUAUAUACGAAAUACGGAAUGGACAAUGACCGAAUUCCAAGUAAAAACAUAUGUGAAACGAUACGAUUGCUGUCCACAUCCGUUUCCGGAUGUUACGUACUUCAUGGUAUUGCGAAGAUCACCAAGUUAUUAUAUAUUUAGUUUGGUAAUUCCAUCUGCAUUCAUAACAGUUGUGACGAUUGUUGGAUUUUUCACACCCCACUCAACCACCGGAGAGAACACCGAGAAAGUCUCUCUUGGAGUGACAGCUCUUCUAUCAAUGGCCAUCAUCAUGAUGAUGGUAUCUGAUGAAGUACCUGCAACAUCAGAAGUCAUUCCUCUCAUCGGCAAAUACUACAUUGGAUUGAUAUUUCUCAUAUUCAUAGCCGCCUUCACAACAACAUUAACAUUAAGUUAUCAGAUGAGAGGAAAUGCAGGCAGUCAAGUUGAUCCACAGAUACGUGAUUUCUUUUUCAAUUCUAUCGCUGGCAAUCCUUAUAUAUCGUGGGCUUUCUCUUUCCAACUUCCAAAACGUCGUCGUAGGCCAAGUGAACAAGCAAUGAUUUAUAGUUUCUUUUUUGAAAAUUCUCAAUCAAACGGGAAAUAUCAGUCAAACGGUUAUCAUGGAGUAUCUGAGAAGAAGUCUCAUGUUGUGCAAUUGGAAGAGAUUGACAAUCAAGUCAAAUCGGCUAUGAAUGAGAAGGAUCUGGAUCUUUCAUUUGCCAAAGAAACUGCUAUGGGUUUAGUAAAAAUACGUCAUGGUUUAGAUGAUAUUAAGAAUUCUAUGAAUGCAGAAAAAGAACUUCGUCGGAUAAAGUUCGAAUGGCAACAAAUAACGAGAAUGAUUGAUCGAAUUAUCAUGUUUUUUUAUAUAAUUUUGACGGUUACAUUUGCUGUAUACAUGUUAGCAUCGCGGGAGCCUGAGAUACGUUUAACAGAUGACAUAAUGGACAGAGUGAAGCGUGCUUGA